GGAAGUGGGGGGGGGGGGGAGCGGUCCAGAUCUGUCAAUCAAGUCCACUCCUCUUCCACCCCCAUCGCCUGCUAAACAGGUUCCUGGUCGCACCAUUGAAAGUGUUGCGUUGCGCCGUUGGGAGAAAAAGCUGAACACUGCAGCCAGACUGGUUUUGCAGAUUCUUUCUCACAAGUUUAGAAGGCAAAAAGGCAGCAGAACUAGAAAGAAGCUGGUUCCUCGGCAGGCGACUUAUUCCACGGCUUAGCUCUCUGUGUUUCCCAAGAUGCUUUUCAGAGCCUUCUUCGCCCUCAUCUUCCUCUGGGGUGUCCUCCCUUCUGAGACCAGAGAGUCCCGUGGCCACAUCUCGGUGGUCCUCCUGGGUGCGACAGGAGACCUUGCCAAUAAGUACUUGUGGCAAGGACUCUUCCAGCUGUACCUGGACGAGGUGAGCCACGGGCAUACCUUCACAUUCCAUGGAGCCGCUCAGACAGAGCCUGAGCGAGGGCGGAGGCUGGUCUUUGAACGGCUGAAGAGGCUGGCCUGUCCCUCAGACGUACCCCCAAACAGGUGUGCUGUGUUGAAGGACCAGUUCAUCAAACUGACAGAUUAUCACCAGCUCAAGACAGCAGAGGACUACGCCACCCUAAACCAGCAGAUUACGACCACGCUCAGCCAGGAAGGCAUGGAAGAAGCGGGCAGGAUAUUUUACUUCUCCGUGCCGCCGUUUGCCUACGCAGAGAUUGCCCGCCACAUCAACAGCAGCUGCAGGCCGCCGCCAGGGCUGUGGCUACGGGUGGUGCUGGAGAAGCCUUUUGGCCAUGAUCUCAGGUCAGCCCAGGAGUUGGCUGAUGAGCUAAGGACUUUCUUCCGGGAAGAGGAGAUAUACAGGGUGGACCACUACCUUGGCAAACAGGCUGUGGCUCACAUCUUACCAUUCCGAGACCAGAACCGACACCAUUUGGAUCCGAUCUGGAACCGGCAUCACGUUGAAAGGGUGGAAAUUGUCCUGAAGGAGACAGUGGAUGUGAAGAAUCGCACUGGCUUCUACGAAAAAUACGGGGUCAUCCGCGACAUCCACCAGAACCACCUCACCGAGAUCUUAAUGUUCCUUGCCAUGGAGCUCCCAGCAAAUACCAGCAGCUCCGAAGACAUCAUCCGGAGCAAGCUGCAGGCUUUCACGUCGCUGCAGAGCCCAGAGAUAACCAGCGCUGUCAUUGGCCAGUACGUGGCAUACAACAGCCACGUGAGGGAGGAGCUUCAGAAGGGGCAGGACUACUUCAGCAGGACUCCAACCUUCGCAGGUGUGCUGGUUCACCUGGACAACCUCCGCUGGGAAGGGGUCCCUUUCAUCCUCGCCUCCGGGAAAGUCCUGGAUGAACGGAUCAGCUAUGUACGCAUCCUCUUCAAGAACCGGGCCUACUGCGCCCAGAACGAAACGAUGUGGGACCCCGAGAGCAGCCAGUGCAAGCCCAGGCAGAUCAUCUUCCACAUCGGGCAGGGAGAGCUGAACUCGCCCGCCAUCCUGGUCAGCCGCAACCUCUUCAAGCCCACCAUGCCAGACAGCGGCUGGAAGGAAGUCCGCGACCGCCCCCAGCUGCGCAUCUUCGGACAGCCCCUCUCUGAUUACUACGUCUACAUCCCCGUAGCGGAGAGGGACGCCUACUCAGUCCUGAUCUCCAGGAUCUACUCUGGCAAGAAAGAGUCCUUCAUCACUGUGGAGAACCUGCUGGCAUCCUGGGCGUUUUGGACGCCUCUGCUGGAUGGGUUGUCUAGCCAGGUCCCGCGUUUGUACCCAGGGGGGCGGGAGAACGAGCAGCUCCUGGAUUUUGAGAUGGUGGGCAGGGAAGUGUCCUUCGUGGCGAAAGAGACCAUUGAACUGAUGGACGCAAGGGACGAACAAACUCCGGACAAGUACAAGACGAUCCAGUCCAGGUUUCGGCAAAGCCAGCUGAUCACCGCUUGGUCAGAGGACCUGAUCAACCGGCUGGCAUCGGACAUAGAAGCGGUGGCGGCAAGUGCCGUCCGGAGGUCCGGGGAGUUCCACAUGGCGCUCUCGGGAGGGUCGAGCCCCCUGGCUUUGUUCCGGCAGUUGGCUACGCGUCACUACGGCUUCCCAUGGAGGCAGACCCACCUGUGGCUGGUGGAUGAGCGCUGCGUCCCUCUUACCGACCUGGAGUCCAAUUUCGGCACCCUGCAUGAGCAGCUGCUCCGCCACGUCCGAGUCCCCUACUUCAACAUCCACCCCAUGCCGGUGCACCUCAACCGGAGGCUCUGCGUGGAAGAGGACAAGGGCCCCGAGCUGUACGCCAACGAGAUCGCUGCCCUGGUGACCAACUCCAGCUUCGACCUGGUGCUGCUGGGGGUGGGUGCCGACGGGCACACGGCCUCGCUCUUCCCGCACUCACCUGUGGGCCUCGAGGGGAGCCAGGGCGUGGUGUUCACCGAGAGCCCGGUCAAGCCGCACCAGCGCAUGACCCUCACCUUGCCGCUCAUCAACAAGGCCAAGCGGGUGUCGGUGCUAGUGAUGGGGAAGGGCAAGCAUGACAUUGUGACGGUAGUCAGCAGGGUGGGGCAUGAACCCAAGAAAUGGCCCGUCUCUGGAGUCAGCCCCAGCUCUGGCCAGAUAGCAUGGUACGUGGACUAUGAGGCACUGCUUGGAUGAUGCCCCGGUAGUGCUGCCUUCACCUCUUCCCCCUCGCCUUUUGCCUGUCUUGGCAUUCAGGAUAACGGACAGCUGUUGCAGCUGCUUCUGUCUUCAGGAAAAUUCUUCUGUCUGGUGGCAGGGAGUUCCACUGGCUGUUAAUGAGACUGUAUUUUUAUUUUUGUUUAAAGAAAGAUCUGCAGACCAAGGCCUGUCUGAUAACCUGCUACUUCUGACAACAGCAGGCCUUAUUUCACCAUUGGCCCGCAAACUUAAAAGCAGGAUGUGACAGGCCCUUCAGGUAUGUCCCUAAUGUGCUACACUGCCACCGUGCGCAGAGGAUCCAUUUAGACAUCAUGGCUCAUAGCCCUUGAUCGACCCAUUCUACUCUAUGGGAUUUGUCUAAUCCUGUUUUGUUUGGAUUUUUAAAACUGUCUGUGAUGAUGCCUGUUCCCACAUCUUGUGGCUGUGAGUUCCGUCGGUUAAUGAUUGGGACCUGUGAGCUUAUGAGUGGUGGCUUUAAGAGCCGAGAGGUCCUCCUGGCUCUUUCUUCUGCCAUGCUCAGGUCUCUUCACUGCUGUGUGCCUCACUUUCCCCUCUCCUUUAGAGGAAAAGGGGGCGGGGGGUCUUAAAAAUGAUCUGCCUCUCACAAAUGCCCUAAAACAUCCACAGUGGAAGUCUUUGUUUAAAUAGCCCUUUGGAAAUUUGUAGGUUUUGGCUCCUGGUAAAUGGCUCCACGGUGCCUCUCUCCAUAUAUAGAUAUAAAUAUAUAAAAGAUAGUGUGUGUGCGUGCACACGCGCGAAUACACACGCACUGCGCUGGUAUACACACAUACCCACAACUCCUCUUCUGAAUAAUUCAUGCAAAGGGAGCCGAUAUGCGAAUUCAUGAACUUCUUUUGCACAACCUGAGAUCUCACUUUGCACUGAGCAAGUCCUCCUGCAGAGUAUUAAAACACCAGCCGUCCCGAAAACCUUGUUUCCUCCCGUGAAAGCUGGAUUGCAGCCUGAUCCAGGGAGGAGGAAAGCUUUCCUACGCCUGAUAAUUUCAGUGUCCUUAGGUGAGCCUAGCUCAACACUGCAUUGAGGUGCUAGCCUAGGGGAUUUUCUCAUCUUUGCAGGGGGUGGAUGUCAAAGCCAGUUCCUAGCAUCAAAGCGCAGUGGCAAAAAGAGGAAAGACGACUAGAUUCUGCCACAAGGUGGUGCUGUUACAUGAGUUUUCCACUUUUUCUUCUUAGGAGUUUCUUUUAAACUAGGCUUAAAAAAAAUAGUGGCUUUCAAAGUCUGUUUUGUGUUCCUACUGCUUUCCCCAUAAAAUGUGGCAUAGGCCUGCAUGAAUGUAAAUCGCAGCCACACCAUACAUUCCUACAUCGCAGGGGGUUGUACUUGAUGACCCUCAGAGUCCCCUCUAGCUCUGCAACUCUAUGAUUUACACAGCCCACGGUCCCUCUAAAAUCCUGGAAACACUAGGUUAAAUAUCAGAACUACAAUUCCCAGCACCUUUAACAAAUGGCAGUACCCAGGAUUUUUGAGGAGAAGCCAUGGAAUCAUAGAGUUGGAAGAGAUUUCAAGAGUCACGUAGUUCAAUCCCUUGCAAGGCAGGAAUCUCAACAUGCGGUCCCCCAUCCAAUCUGAAACCAUACCAGCUUUGCAAAUGUGCUGCAGUUUUAUUGCUGCACCACUAGGAAUUGUGCUUCAGAACUGUGAUGUGGAAACGACCUGAGUAUGUAAAAGCAACCACUGUCCACUCUCAGUGGAGCCCAUGUUCCCUCCCUUUCUUCAGGAGUCUGGUUGAAAAAGAGGCAGACUCAGAGCAGCAGCUCAUACAGAGAUGCGACAGGCAGCCCCCCUUGUAAGCCCCUCUCUGUGGCGGCAGUGAUGGGAUAAAGCAAUCCCAUCAUGGCAGAUGUACCUACCUACACACGCUGGCCUUUUUUCUCUCCCCCAGAGCAGUAUAACAUACAGAGAUGCAGCAGGAAACCUCCUCUGAAGCCACCUGCUCUGGGAUUUCUCUUUGAUUAAUUCAGUUUUUCCACGUCAAAGUUUGGGAAUUACUGCUUUAGUAUAAGAGAUGUGUCUUCUAUAAAUACUAUCAAGCUCUGCAGGGAUUUGAACAGAGGCUCUUCAGAUUUCCUGCAGCAAGCCAGCUGCGGCUUUGAUUACUACUGCUGUAUUUAAACAUUUACGGGGUAGGAAUGCCCUCUACAGUUGCUUAAAUGACACCAUUUUUACUACGUCUCAUUUAAAAAGUUGUUUUUGUAAGUGAACACUGGAAAUAAAACUUUUUUAAUUUUA